AUUCCUAUCAUCCUCGAUACAAAACCCUAAUUCAAUCUUUCUAUUAUCUAGUAAAUCAAAAACUUUCCGAAAAAUCUGAAGCGAAGGGAAACGAAAUCCCGAUAAACCCUCCUUUGAUUGAUGUGUUCUAUCUUUAUGAGACAUGCAUUCUGAAUUUCGACUGGAUUUUAUGAGCGAAAUUUUGUCUGAGUUCCGAUGAGUUCGAUGAAUCAUAUCGUUGUAGAUGUUAGUUCGGACGAAGAUGAUGAUAAACCAGUAGAUUACUCUUAUUUGUUAGACCGAAUUCUGGGAGUUUCCGAUGAGAAGAAACCCAUCAAAGGUACUGUUUUGUUGAAUCCAACGGUGGAGAAUGAAGACGACGAUGACGAUUGUGUGAUUUUGGAUUUUGAUCCUACGGCGAAGGAGACUGUGAUUGAAACUUGUGAAACUGAUGGAGUUCUUGUAGUAGGACAAAAGGGUGAGGUAGCUUGUAGGGAUUUUCCGCAUCCGCGACAUGCUUGUGCUAAGUACCCGUUCAAAUCCACAUUACACCAGACGUUUUGUGAGAUGUGUCACUGUUAUGUUUGUGACACCCGUGCUCCGUGUACUUACUGGUUCAGUGGCGGGAUCUCUAACACUGAUCACUGUCAUGCCAAUGAUAAAGAGAAGACAUGGAAUGAUCAACGGGAAUGCAUCAGAACUGGAAAUAUGUUACCUCGACCUGUUUCGAAACCUGCUUCGGCCAAAUUACAAUUUAAACGUGCUCCACGGCGUCCAUCUGUAUAUGUACCUGUACCGUUGCUCCAAAACUCGUCUGGAACCAACUUAGGAAUCCGGGCUUGCUCCAAAUCUACUAAGGUUGCAAUUCACCCAAAAACAUACACUAGACCCGGUCAUAGAACCGAGCAAUCAAGAACCGUCCAACAAAAUCCUGGGUCACAACCUCACGCUAUGCAGUCAUUACCAAAUCACAAAAGUGGCUCUAAUAAUGGUAAUCCAAGUCCUCAAGUUGUCCCUUCCAAUCCAUAUGUAUUGACUCGACGGCCAAGUAAUGGCGUUUAUCCUCCGGAAAACAGUGUACAGAAUAUUUCUCAAGGCUUACAACCUACCUAUUAUGCUCCUCUCAUGGCUUCACAAGGCUCACAACCUACCCGCUUUGCUCCUCCCGUGGCUUCACAAGGCUCACAGCCUACCUGCUGUGCUCCUCCCGUUGCUUCACAAGGCUCGCAGCCUACCCGAUAUGCUCCUCCCGUGGCUUCACAAGGCAAUGCACAGCGGAUUGUUACUGGUUCUAUCUCAACUGUGCCGGUAUCUCAGAGCAAAGAGGCAAAACAGUUUAGCCGGAAUAUGUAUUCUGCUAAUGUUCAGACGAAUGCAGUCCCAACUAUGACUCCUAAUCCUCCGGCGGUCCAGCAGCAACAACAACAACAAUCAGGAAGAAGUAACGAUAGAGUAUUGUCCGAGUUUGAAGACUGGCUCUUGGACGACUCAACCUUGCCUUGUCCCUCGUCUGUUCAAGACAAUACAUUGAAAAUCGAUUUCGAAACCUUCUUGAAUGAUUGAAACAUUACGUUAGGAUAGUGUAGAUAUCCUAACAUAAUUGUAGACUUUUAGCUGUACAGUAUUAAUAGUGUAGAGUUUUUGGUUUAGGAGAUUUAAGUCUACGAUAACAUUUGUGAUACCCAUCUAAAAUUCAUUCUUUUAAAAAUAUUCUUCAAUGGAUGAUUUUUUUUGUU